UGUCGUUGAAAAAACAUAUAUGCGACAUAUUCUCUUUUCCGAAACUUGACUUAGCUCACCUGCCUUUCUUGCUCGAAAGGAAAAGAGACUGCUGUUAGCACAUUUGCAUCGUUUAGCAUGCAAAGUAUUUGUGGUUAGGUUCCAACAGAGUUGUGUUACAUGAAAUCUUGGCCCGAUCCUUUCAUGAAGUUUGACCUACUUUUGUCUGUAUGAUUGUCACUCAUGCAGUGAUGGACUGGACUGGUCCUAAUAGCUUUAAUGAUGAACAAUGGAAAAUAGUAUUGCUACUGUCUAAAUGCUUUUUGAAUAUGUUGGAAGAUUUAAGACUUCAGAAUAGGAAAUGCACUGUCAUAACCUAAAGAUCAUCAUGGGCUGCUUGCUAUGUAAGAAAACUGUGGUUUGAUUAUGUCUCAUCUCACGAGCUUCCUUUUCCCAGCAAUGGAUAUACACUUAUUUGAGGUCUCUUGGUUCUUGCAUACGCUUGUUGGCGUAGCAAAGGAGAGUGGCUGUUUUGUUUCACUAAUGAAGUUGAUACUGGUGACUUCUCGUUCUUGGUGUCACUCUCAAAACUAUAGUGAGAUCAACAAACAAAGUGGGUGUAUAAAUGACGGCCUUCCAAAUCGAGACCAAGCAUAUGUUGUAACAUUAGAGUGAGAAAGCAUGGGAAGAUCUCCAUGCUGUGAUGAGCAUGGUCUCAAGAAGGGCCCCUGGAGUUCUGAAGAGGACCAGAAGCUCAUCCAGUACAUCCAAAACCAUGGCCAUGGUUGCUGGAUAGCCCUCCCCAAACUAGCUGGACUCAAUAGAUGUGGUAAGAGCUGCAGGCUAAGGUGGACAAACUAUUUAAGGCCAGAUAUUAAGAGAGAGAAGUUUUCCCGAGAAGAAGAGGACACCAUCGUUCACCUCCAUUCCAUCCUAGGCAACAAGUGGUCAUCUAUUGCCGCCCACCUUCCCGGCCGCACCGAUAAUGACAUCAAGAACUUCUGGAACUCCUGCUUGAAGAAGAAGCUCAUCCGCAUGGGCGUCGAUCCCAGGACACACCGACCAAGGGCAGAAGAACUUAUCGCCGGCCUGCAGCAACAUUUAUCCCACACAGUUCACGAAGCGUUCCUAGAAAGGGUACCGCGGGAAGAGCAUGCAGCUCAGCUGCAGGCGGCGGCUCGUGCACUGGCUACGCUGCAGUUCCUCGAUAGCCUUCUCCAGCCUUCGGCAACGGUAGGUAUCAGCAGUGGCAACGUGAACAGCCUUGACAGCAUCAUUUCUACGAUGGAACCCAUGAAACUGUUGGAGACAGCAAUUCCAUCUCUCUCUUCUUUUCCUUCUCCUGGCCCUUCACCAGCGUCUAAUUCACAAGCUCGCCACCACUGCUUUCCCGGGAUGUCAUACAGUAUUGAGCAGCCAUUGGGCAGUGCCAUCAACGAGGAAUCCUCUUUUGUUGUGCUCAGCGAGGAAGAGAGGAACGGCAUGAGAGCCUAUGAGGUUUCUUCUCCCUUUCUUCUUCCUCCGCUUUGCGAUUUCUCAUGGGGAAAUGGUGGGGCUGGCUGUAGCACUUCCAACUACGGUGGGAGUCUAUCUCCUUCUUCCUUGUGGCCUGAGAAUCUUGAAUGAUGCUCUUCUAUAUGAAUGAGUUUUUUUCUUUUCCCCCUUGUAGAUAGGUAGUUAUGCAGCUCUUAUUUACCGUGUGACACAGCUUUCGAAAGCAUAUGUAGACGUUGGUGUGGACUUCUGUAAUACUAAUACUAGUGUCAAUUAUUACUGCCAUACUUUGAGACUGGUGAAGGAGACCGAUGGUUUCGCCUUCUGCUAUUUCCUGCUAAAAUGGGUCAUUAUUUUGGUGGUGAUCCUUUUGAUGUCAUAUUCAAAUACUAUGCAAUGAGCAGCCUCCCUGCUUGCAGUAUAUUUGUCUUUUCCAGACAAUGACGGUG